AUGCGUGCUGGAUAUUUUUUUUUUGAUGCAUUUAUAUUUUUUUUUGAUACGUGUCUCUGUCGUCGGAGAUCCAGGAGUUUCCAGCAUGCUGCUCCUCUCUUUUCACGAUAUUCACCAGCUGCAUCCUUCAGCACCGCACAGUUUAAGGUUUGCAUCAACGGUGGUGCUGGCAGCAUUGGUCAACCCUUGACGAUGCUGAUGGCCAUGAACGAAUCCCUGAAGGAGGUCUCAAGCCAUAUGGAGUGGCCUACAAUGAUGAAGGCCAACUCGAGUACGACACGGCCAAGGAAGAGGCCUACCCCUGGGCUCUCUGUCGAGCCUAUGCAAAAGGGCUCAAGCAGCAGUUGCUUGAAGAUUGGUCCGAAAAUACCGCCUGAAAGGCAAAUCUUGGACGUGAAUUGCGCUGCCGGUGAGACUUCAUGGAAGGAGCACCUUUUCGUUCUGCUCUGGCAGCGGGAUGAGAUCUCUGCUUUUGUGGAUCCCACUUUGUCCUACAACCAAGCCGGUCAGCUCAUUAGCAUCCAGGAGAAACUGCGCCAUGGAUCUGCAACCUUCAAAACAUACAAACGUCCGACCACGCCCACCUGGAGUGCUGUGCAGGAUUACAUGAACAAAUGCUUUCCCGGACGGCACGCAGCUGAUGCGCCCUUUGACAUUCCCAUGAAGAUUGUCCUGAACAUUGCUGUGGGUGGCUAUGGUGGUGCUCCAUGUUUCUGGGGUGAGAAGACGUGUGCUGAUAGCUGUGGUGCUGCGGUGGGAUCCGAGCUGAUCAUCUCGGACAUCAGUGUUUGGCAGUAGUAACUCAGUAGUAGAUAGAAGAUGUCCUUGAAGUAGUCCUUGAAGUACAAGUAGGUUUUCCAAGCUGUUCUAAACGGCACUAAACGCAACGGGUAUGGGUCGAAAUUGCUGCCCUGAGAUCCCCUAAGUGGGAUGGUGAAUGACCCAAGCCCAAAUGUUACGAGCUCUGGCACCAGCCUAUGCGCUGGUGGGGCUCAAAGCUUUCGUGAGGUUUUAAGUCUUGCCCACCUCGAUUUUAACACCUCUUGGAGCUGAAAUUCGACAG